AUGAAAGCGUUUGGGGACGAAAUGCAGAACCGUCAUGAAGCAAGACGAAAACUUCUGGACGCGGUGGGCGAUUCGUCCACCGAGGCUUUGUGGCGAAUGUAUUCGGGCGCCAAGGCCUCACUCCCUUACCGCGAUCGCAUGUCGAACCUGACAUGGCGAAUGCUGGGUUUGCGCGUGAAAAGCAUGUUGGCGGCCAAAGAUUGCCAGAGCGCAACCGUUUCCCCAACCUUCUCUGCCGUCUUCGCAGGCAACAAGACCCGAAAUAAUCGGCCAGAUUCGAAAGGGCGAAUCUCAGACGAUUUCGACUACAUAGCAGAACUACGUGUGCUCAAGGAACAAACAUUCCCCUCGUCCGCAAUAUCGGAGACAGGAGAGAAGGAGCAUCGCGAACAGCACGGGGCGCACGACACGACAUCUAGCAAGCACAUCAACAUCGGACAGAGCCAUUACGCGCAAAAAAGGUCACUGGGUUACAACUCACCGCACAAUGCAUCGUCGAAAUUCAUCGACUCGACCAACUUAAACGUAGUGGUGGGCUCGUUCGGUGCAGAUCUGGGACAUCACAAACACAUCUCGCACCGAUCCGAAGACACACAGGGCUUCGGCUUCGACAGCAAUACUCAUUACGGCUCCUUUUCCAACCUCGAACAGCAUGUUGGCUUCACGGCUGACAUUGACGCUGAAAGUUUCAAUGUCUUAGGCGGCCAUGACUCCGUUUCGCAGCAGGCCCUGAGUCAAGACGAUGAAGACGAUGACGUGGGUCUACGUAGCGCCGCUCCUUACUCUUCGCCAGCUCUCGUCAGUGACAGCGGGGUAUCCUCUACCGGUGGAAACCAUUCUAUUGCACCUGCAUCUGCCACUUCUUCUGUAUUCAAUCACAUGGGUGCAUCUGUGCCGUCUUCGACUGCCUUUUCAAGUUCUGUGACCAUCGGAGGACUCAAUUCUAGUGUCCUGGGAGGUCAAACGUUUUUUGAUGAACAGGAUUUUUUACAUUCCGUGAAUGAGGGUUAUAAUGAACUCAAUCCCACGCUUCCAUCGCUUCACGCCACUAAUUCUCGAAUUUCGCUGCCCGACCUUUACGAUAGGAAUUCCAAUGUCACUCCAAUUUCCAUUGGGCGGCCCAGCUCAGCAUGGCAGGGACCUUCCAAUGGGUUGGCCUCUUCUUCGCCAGGCUCGUCAGCUAUAGCUGCAAGCUCCUUGCCUACGUCUCAAGCGUCGCGUCGUUCGGCCAACGUUAAUGCCGUAAGGAAAAAGCAAAUUAAACCGCCUAAUUCCAGAAGAAGUAGCUCGAGUUUCGCAGCCAUCAACAGCGGCAGUGGAAUUUUAGUAAACAGCAUAUCGCAGGAAAAUGGUUUGACUGAGCACACUGCUCGAAGACCAGUCUCUGCAGGGGCAGGUUCCACUGUAGGCAAUGCGGCUAACAAGACAGAAACGAAAUGUACUAAUUGCAACACCAAGACGACGCCGCUGUGGAGAAGAGAUCCGGACGGCAAUCCUCUGUGCAAUGCAUGCGGACUUUUUUUGAAGCUGCACGGCGUGGUCAGACCUCUGUCACUGAAAACAGACGUGAUCAAGAAGCGUCAAAGAACCUCUAACAAGGCGUCUGGACAGGCGAUCACUAAUUUUAAAGAAGAGCAAUCAGCCAAAGACGUAGUACCGAGAGCUAGGAGGCCUAGCACCAAGAAAAAGUUAUCUUCUACAAGCGUUUUGAAUGCAUCACAAGCUGGUUCCACGAAAAUAAAAUUCAAGUCAGGCAUGUCCGGACGGGAAUUUGAAAUGAAUGCGAGCAGUGAGAGCGGGUCAGGAACCCCCACCCCUGCACCGGCUUUAUCUACGGAAGCGCAACAAUCUUCUCAAAGAUCUCAGUCAGUCAACCCUUCUGACAUGGAAAUAGACCACCCUUCGAACAAGGACGCCAGUGUUUUGGGACUAGCAAAUCCCAAUCCGAAUGGUAAUGGUCUUGACGUUUUCUUAAAUCAGUGGUCCAAUCCUCCACCCACCGAUCAGCAUACCUCAGAUGGUGAGGGCUUUGAUGAAGCUAUGGCGCAAUCGGCUGUAAGAAACGACAGCACCAACGGGUUUACCAUGAAUUGUGGCUCUAUAGGAGGCGAACAAUCCGGUCUUAUGAGCGGUGCCGAUAAUAUGGCGUCUCCGGACAAAAAGAAGAAUGCUGGCGACAACGCCAAUUGGGAGUGGUUAACUUUGAGCCUCUGA